UACGAUGAGGUAGCCGAUAAGCAAUCUAUAGUCAGCCGCGCAUUAAACACAUGCAUUCCUCCCCGCGGUGGCUUGUUUACUGCUCAAGCCUAAAACCUUCGACACGUAGAUAGCUCCAGUUGAAAAAACAUCACUCACCCAAGAAACUUACCUGAGGGCGACUUCUCCAGUCGUACAAGUAGCUAUUGUUCUCUGAGAUAUACCUAUACCAAAAUAAACACACCGAAUAUGACCUCAAACGUCCGUAAUGUUCUGUUUUUUGGGGAAACUGGAGUUGGGAAGAGCUCUCUGAUUAACAUGAUAAUGGAAGGACACACCUCCGGAGAAGAGAGAUCAUGCACACCUGUCGCCACUUGGACUAACACCGACCCAGCGGAUGCUCAAUUGGUGCCAGACAAAUCAAAACGGCCUACGGGCGAUGUGUUAAAGAAUCCGGAACAUACCCAAAAAUCAGACGUUCGAAACAGGGAGAGUCAUGAUGUUGCGAAUCAUAGCAUGAGAUGUGGAGAUGAGGAGAAAUCACCCACAUCAUGCUCUCGUAGAGGUUCAUUACACCCCGCAGAGGUUUCUAGCGGUGCAAAAGGAUGCACCUUCAAAAGCAAAUCGUAUCAAAUGAAUAUUGAUGGAUUGGAGUAUAAACUGUGGGACACCGUGGGCCUUAACGAGGGAGACCUUGGACGCGUACCCGCUGCACAGGCAAUGGAAGGGCUUAAAGACCUUGUGCAUGAAGUCGUAGGAAAAGAGGGGAUCAGUUUGCUCGUAUAUUGCAUUCGUGCAAACAGGAUUACACAAGCCUCCACAAAAAACUAUCGUGUCUUUUAUUCUGCGCUUUGUCGGAAGAAAGUUCCGAUAGUGAUAGUGAUCCUAGGACUGGAGAAUUUUGAAGGGGAACGUAUGGACAGCUGGUGGGAACAGAAUGAGAAGGACUUCAAAAAGUACCGCAUGUACUUUGCGGGUAACGCAUGCGUAACGGCAAUACAGGGACAACCUACGCAAGAUGGGACUCAUUUGUACGAGGAUCGAUAUCUUGAAUCACAGCGGAAUAUAAAGAAACUUAUCUCGUUGCGGUGCUCUCCACAACCAUGGAAGGUGUUGCCAAACCAUGCUUCGCAAGUCAUUCAGGACAUUGUAGGACUGAUGCAGAAGAUGGAGGAAGAUAACCCAAACAUACUCGUCUAUAAUUUCUUAGGCCCGACUGCAGCUAUCCAGAAGAGUGGUUUCAAUAUUGCCACAUGCAUUUCCGGUGAACCCAUAGCAGAGACAUUGGCGAGUACCGUCAUCAUCGGCGGAAAGCGCUACACACUUCACGAUGCAGAUGCGUAUGAUAGACACAUUGACAUUUCUAAGGCUAUGGAGAAAGAGCCCCGUUUGUUGAUAUUCUGUCUGCCCGAGGAGCAAGUGGAGAAAAGUGUGCUAAAAUGUAAAGAGAUCUACGAGUCACGCAAGUGCGACAUACCUCUCCUUGUGGCCAUCACGCCUGCUGAUUACGCUUAUCCUAUCCUGGAGCGGAAGAAUAUCAUCGCACAAGCAUUCGAGAAACACUCUGUGUCCAUUUCUUCCUAUACGGGCUUCAAACCCGAAGGCACGGAGAGCCAACCCAAGUAUUGUGAAGAACGCCUCUGGUCGCACGACUUGGCCGAGCUUAUUGUGCGGUUUACGCUGGAGCUUCCUGCCAAAGAUCCGGGAGUACUGAAGUCGUUAUGGAAAAAUGUACUCAACGUCAUGCGACGCAAUCGUUAA